AUUUAUCAACCUUUUCAAUACUUCAAUAAAAAUAUAUAAAAAAGGCCGUGUUCGUGUCAAUUUUUAGGUUUCCACAUAAUUAUUUUACUCAUUUCUUUUUAGAAACAAUAUAUUCAGUGUUUAUUUUUGUGAAGCCAUUCGUUUAUACUUAGAUAUGUAUCUCGAAUAAAAUUUAUAGGAAGCGAAGUUGUAUACAUUCAAGAAUGCAGUUCAGCUAAAAGCGGCUAGAUACUCUACGGAAAAAAUCGUUGUCGGAUGUGGAGCGGUUAGCCGUAAUAGUGCCUCAUAUCAAAGUAAGAAGAUUAGUAAAAGCAGAAUAAUAACUUGUGGGUUUUAUCUGCCCCAAGUUCGCGGUCGAUGAUUGGUACUCUCAUUUUGGUGUCGGGGCACAAGUGCAAUGUUUACUAAGGUACUGCAGUGUACCUGCCAUCUACAUACAGCAGAACACAGUGGAAAAAGCAAUGGAACGUCGUGUUAAGCUUAAGACCAUAAACCCGCACAUAACGUGCAAGAUUUGUGGAGGUUACUUUAUUGAUGCGACAACCGUAACUGAGUGCUUGCAUACAUUUUGUAAAAGUUGUUUGGUAAAACAUUUGGAAGAAAAGAAAACCUGCCCCACCUGCGACAAUGUUAUCCAUCAGUCACAUCCUCUUCAAUAUAUCAGCUUUGACCGAACUAUGCAGGAUAUUGUUUAUAAGCUAGUACCAAAUCUUCAAGAAGAUGAGAUGAGGAGAGAACGAGAGUUUUACAAAAGCCGAAAUAUCCCAUGCCCCAAGGAUAUGCCACAGAAUCAUGAAGACGACGAAAAAAUGUUAGAAGCACACGCAGAAUCUGAUUUCCAUCGUCUCGACGAGCAGGUGAAUGUGAGCCUUGAAUGUAUGAGCAACAACUUUAAAAAUUUGCAGCGGCGUUUCAUUCGCUGUAGCUCCCAAGCCACCAUAACGCACUUAAAAAAAUUAGUUGCCAAGAAAAUCUUGAAUGGUAUAGACAAGUAUCGAGAGAUCGACAUACUGUGCAAUGAGGAAUUGUUGGGUAAAGACCAUACACUAAAGUUUGUUUAUGUGACACGCUGGCGUUUCAGAGAUCCACCACUGCGAUUACAAUUCCGCCCGCGAGUUGACUUGGUGUGAAGCCUUUAAACACACCGGGUGGCAAAGAGUCAAAAGAGUAACAAUGUUAAGUGAAAUCAAAAGUGAAUGCCAACAUAAAGGGUUUAAAUUAAAAAAAAAAAAAAAAACGAUAAAACGCUAUAUAUACUUAGUAAAAAACGGAGAAGCUAGUUUUGUAGAAUGUUUAAAUAUCGAAGUGAAAUUCCACUGUAAGAUUAUAAAACCGAAAUAAGUAUUGUAAUUUAUUUACAACUGAAGGUUAGUAAUAGUUCAAUG